GCUAUCUUGCUGAUACCGUCUCAGCGGGCAUUCGGUAUUAAGAAGAUAUGAAAGUUUACUUAAUUUCAGAUAAGAUAGCAUUCGGAUUUGUUUGAGACAAUUGUGUAACAAAUUAAAAAUUAGUUUUCAGUAAACAAGUGCAGUUCUAGCAAUGGAAAAUCAGGUUGUCGAAAUUGACUGCGAAAAAUGGAUCGAUCUUAGAGCACUUUACUUGCCGGAAUCUACCGAAACUAUUCUUGGUCUAUCGACAUUAAACAACUUUAUUAAAUGGAACGACAAGGAAUCACCAAUUCCAAAUCUGACAAUUUAUUCGUUGAAUGGAGAUUGGUCGGAUGGAACUUUUGUGUUGAUAGACCGAUAUCAUAUCUAUUGUGACACCUUAAAUAAAUCAACUGAAAGGUUGAAAUUGUUGCUCGAUUUGAUGGACUAUUCAAAAGGAAUCAUAGUUAUGCACGUUCGAUCAAAAUGUUAUCCAGCAAUAAGCGACAUUUUCACACAGAGAAAGUUUGAUCUAGAAUUCGAUCAUCCGAAUUGUUUAUAUUAUUUACCAAAAGAAGAAGCUAUAGUUUUGGACGUGCAACUACCUGAAGGUUUCGAUAGCCGACCACUAUCACAAUCAGAUGUUGUUAAGGCAAAUGCAGCUUGGGAGUUCAGACAUCCAGGUUCUUUGUUCUAUCUACAGCGGUUGGCUCGUCUUAACAUAAGCUAUGGCAUUUUUGAUAAGGAAAACAAUGAAAUGAUUUCGUCUGGAUUUCAAACUCAAACAGGACCGCUUGGAACAAUAUAUACAAAUCCGAAAUAUCGCAAUCGAGGUUUCGGAACAUUUGUGGCGAAAAUCAUUUUCAAGAAGAUCGGAGAAUCCGGACAAGGUGUCAUAGCAUGUGUGAAAGAAAUGAAUGUGGCAUCAAGAGCUAUAUUCGAAAAAAUUGGGUGCCAAGUUAUUGAUCGGGUUCAUUGGAUUUCAUUGGCCAAAUGCGACUGGACUGAUGAAACAGAUCUUGAGCUUAAGUGAUCAACUUGA